UGUUCUGACAUAACAAUCAGCUCGAUCCAAUUUGAAUUAAAAUUAAAAUGUGAUUUUACUGGAUUUUACAUAAUAUUCUACAAUAUAGCAAUAAUUUAUUCAUUUUAGACAAAAUUUUAUGAUGAAUUUUACUUCAAGAGAACAGAACAAUGGGCACAAGUAGCAGUAAAAAUGUGAUCACUUCUGGUCUAAAACAUUGCACAUUAUGGAAAACCGAUCGGAGUCCGCCGUGUCGCGCCGUGAUGAUGGCUCUGGACGCGAUGAACCUCAGCAUCACGGAAGUCGACGUAAACAUGGACAAAGGAGAACACAGAGGGCCUGAAUUGUCUAUUUACAAUCCACUUCAGACUUUACCAAUAUUCAAAGACAAAGAACUUAUUUUAAGUGACAGCCAUGCUAUCACCUCGUACCUAGCAACACGGUACUGCAGCGCCGGGAAGUUUCUGCCGAAGGAUGCCGGAGGCCGAGCAAUCAUUGACCAGCUGAUGCACUACGACAGCGGCAUCUUGUAUCCUCGGUUUCGGGCAGCGGCAUAUCCGAUCCUCUACGAGAACUGCAGAUUCGUGAUGCCACAGCAGGUUUGCGAGAUCGAAUGUGCGUAUCGAGACCUGGAGUGCAUGUUGGUAGGACGCACGUGGCUGGGUGGCAGCUGGCCAACGCUGGGUGACAUCACCAUCGCCGCCACUCUCAGUACGCUGAACGUGCUCGUUCCUAUAGACAAACUACGGUACCCGCGGUUGUUCAGCUGGCUUUAUCGAAUGUCUGAAGAGAUAUAUUACAUCACAGCCAAUAAAAAGGGCCUUGGCGAGUUCUCAAGAAGAAUAGAUCGCGGCUGUAUAAGUGAUGACAGUGAGUUCAAGUGUCCGCGGAGCUCGAUCAGGCGUCGCGCUGGUGUUCCUGAGAAAGAAAACAAAAAAGAUUAAAUUAUAAAUAUGAAUUAUAAAAGAUCUAAAAGAA